GUACAACUCACCGCAAAAACGGAAGCCCAUAACUGUGUUUCAAUAAGGGCGCUUUUGAAUCGACGAAAUAUAAGACAAGGUAAAAUGUCUGCUGCUGAAUUUCUCGACCCUGAGGAGUGCCUUAAAUGGAUCAACACGGGUCAGCACUCUCACAGCAUCACCGAGGAGCUUUCUGAGGAGUUGCUUGAGCCUUCACCACGGCUCACGUGGGAUUUGCUUGAACUCGUCCAAUCAGUACCUGACGUUAAUAAGCAGAAAUUAUUUGAGGAUCUUUUGAUCCAACCGGAGGCGAUCCACCGUACAUCCUUCAGGUUCAAAAGAGGUGGUAUAGAAGGAUCCGUCACGGGCUUCCAAGAAGAGUUGCGUCUUUCUGAGGUCGACAACGCCAACGCUACAAAUUCUCUAUCCAUUAAUCGUCGCUUGGGUGCCAAACUGGAUGCUGUGCAGGGUAAAUCAAACUAUCUUCCCUUCCAACCUGGAGGCAUUCUAAACAAGACGCAAACGAACCAGUCAUUGAAAAAACUGAACGUGAACCCGGAGUUUCAAUUUUUGCACAAAAAUGAUCAGGGGUUAUUUGACAUACCACAGGGAAUGCUGCGGGGAUUGGAUUUGGGCGAGUCGUCGGGUUCUCAGGACGGAAUCGUUGCAUUGGGGCAGGAGACCACGAACGACGAAGACUUCGAAAGCCAGCCGUCAAGCAAAAUUGCAAAUGACUCGAAUGCUUCUAACAUUGGUGAAAGUCAAAAAGAGCGUAAGAUCCACGAGCUAGGUGAUAUUGGUGAGAUUGACGACUAUCAACCGCUCGACUACAAAAUGCUUCAACACAAGAUGGAUGCAGAAGCAGACAUCAAGCACAAUUGGGCACAUGUGGUGGACUUGAACCACAAAAUUGAAAACUUUGACGAUAUCGUACCGAAUAUGGCUAGGAAGUGGCCGUUUGAAUUGGAUACAUUUCAAAAGGAAGCCGUCUAUCAUUUGGAGCAAGGCGACUCGGUUUUCGUGGCUGCUCAUACUUCGGCAGGUAAAACUGUUGUAGCCGAGUAUGCUAUCGCCAUGGCUGCAAGAAACAUGACUAAAACUAUCUACACUUCUCCUAUCAAAGCUCUUUCUAACCAGAAAUUCAGGGAUUUCAAAGAGACUUUCAAAGAUAUGGAUAUCGGAUUAAUCACUGGUGAUGUUCAAAUCAACCCAGAUGCGAACUGUUUGAUCAUGACAACAGAAAUCUUGCGGUCCAUGCUCUACCGAGGUGCAGAUCUCAUCAGAGAUGUCGAAUUCGUCAUCUUUGACGAGGUGCAUUACGUGAACGAUAUUGAAAGAGGCGUGGUAUGGGAAGAAGUCAUUAUUAUGCUUCCAGAUCAUGUAAAAUACAUUCUUCUUUCUGCCACAGUUCCAAAUACGUUCGAGUUUGCAAACUGGGUUGGGAGAACAAAGCAAAAAGACAUAUAUGUCAUCUCAACACCCAAGAGGCCAGUUCCUUUAGAAAUCUUUAUUUGGGCGAAGAACGAUCUUUUCAAAGCCAUCAAUGCAAAUGGUGUCUUCAGCGAGUCAGAGUUUAAAAAGCACAGAGAUCUUCUCAUGCCCGACACGAAAGAGGCUCCUCCAAAUGUGACCAUGGGCGCAGGCUCCAGAAAGGGCCCGGGAGGCACGGCAAGAGGUGGUAAUCGUGGUGGAGGAAGAGGAAGAGGAAUUUCAGGACGUGGUGGUCGUGGUGGCAUGCAAGCAAAGUCCCAAUUCGCAAGGGAUGGUCCAAACAAAAGUACAUGGAUAGGCCUUGUGCAAUAUCUCAAUGAGAAAAAAUUGCUCCCCGUUGUCAUCUUCGUUUUCUCGAAAAAAAGAUGUGAAGAUUAUGUUGAUACAUUGAGCGGAGUGAAUUUCUGUACCGCCAGAGAACGCUCUGAAAUUCAUAUGUUCAUUGACCGUGCGGUGGCACGCUUGAAGAAAGAGGAUCGUGAAUUGCCUCAAAUCUUGAAAAUUAGAGACCUUCUUAGUCGAGGUAUUGCUGUUCAUCAUGGAGGCUUGUUGCCUAUUGUCAAAGAGUGUAUUGAAAUUCUUUUCUCAAAGUCUUUGAUCAAAGUUUUGUUUGCUACAGAAACAUUUGCUAUGGGUUUAAACUUGCCUACAAGAACUGUUGUCUUCUGUGAGUUGAGGAAACAUGAUGGAAGAGGAUUCAGAAACUUAUUCCCGGGCGAAUUUACCCAAAUGGCAGGUCGUGCCGGUAGAAGAGGCCUAGAUACAACUGGAACGGUGAUCGUCAUGUCAUACAAACACCCACUCCAACCUGCAGAUUUCAAAGAUGUGACUAUGGGUAAACCAACAAAGCUUCUGUCGCAAUUCAGAUUGACUUACAACAUGAUUUUGAAUUUGCUCAGAAUUGAAGCUUUGCGUGUCGAAGAAAUGAUCAAGCAUUCCUUUAGUGAAAACUCCACUCAAACACUUUUACCAGAACAUAAAAUUAAGGUUGAAGAAUUGAGUGAGACAUUGAGAAGUCUUACGGUGGAAGAAACUGCAGAGUCGAAAGAAUUCCAGGAAGCAUUCGGCCUCAUGGCUGAAUACAAGGAAUUAUAUACGAAGAUUGUUCUUGAGUGUCAAGAACUGUCCUCUUCAAGAUAUCAGGUGCUAAGAUUUGGAAAGCUCAUGUUGUUUGAAGACGAAGAUGAGGUACUUCGGUUUGGUAUUCUCCUCAAGAUUGACUUUGCCAACCAGUUGUAUAUCUUUUUGACCUUCAAUCAUGGCAAAGAGUACGAAGACGCGAGUCGCGCCAGUCGUUUGCCAUACAUCCCCAACAAAGACUACCUUAGGAAGAAUUUAAGACAGAUCAAAUACGAUGGAGACUUGAGGGUAACCAGUGUUCCUUACGGAAAUGUCCAAUUCGCCAGUGUCUACACACUGAAGGUCAACACGAAAGCCAUAUUGAACAACGAUCCAGAUGCAGUGAAAGAGGCUGUGCUACUGUUCAGAAUGAUGAUCCACUAUCAGUCAAAAUUGAAGGAGGUCUCCUUUAGCAGAACAGUGCAGUUGUCGUUACAUCAACUUGUCGCACGGAAAGAUGAGUUACUAAAGAAAUUUAGUGAAAUGACAAUCUAUAAUCGACCUGAGUUUGCAGGAGUCUACUCAAGACUUCUCCAACGGAACACAAUCGAAAAGAAGAUCGAAAACUUGAACCUCUUAAUUUCGGAUGAGAACUUAGAGUUACUUCCAGAUUAUGAACAGAGAUUAAGGGUUCUCGAGCAAUUAGACUUCAUCGAUAAAAACCAAAAUGUUGUGCUCAAGGGCCGUGUCGCUUGUGAAAUUAACUCUGGUUGGGAGCUUGUACUUACUGAGCUCAUUUUGGACAACUUCCUUGGGGAUUUCGAGCCCGAGGAGAUUGUCGCCUUGUUGUCUUGUUUCGUUUACGAGGGCCGUUCGAAGGAUGAAGAAGAUCCACCGUUAACUCCAAGAUUGGAAAAAGGUAAGACCAGGAUUUUGCAAAUUACCGAGCGACUUCUCAAAAUUUACAAUGAGCACCAAGUCUCGCUUACCUCGGAGGAAGAAGAAUUUUUGACUCGUAAGAGAUUUGCAUUGAUGAAUGUUGUCUAUGAAUGGGCUAGAGGGUUAACCUUUAGUGAAAUUAUGCAGAUAAGCGUGGAACUGGAGGGAACGAUUGUCAGAGUCAUCACGCGGUUGGAUGAAAUCUGUCGUCAAGUGAAAAAUGCAGCUUUAAUUGUGGGAGACUCGAUGCUUCACUCCAAGAUGUCAGAAGCACAGGAGCGCAUUAAGAGAGACAUCGUUUUUUGUGCUUCCUUGUAUAUUUAGUUGACUUCUUUGUCAUUCAAAGCAAUACGCAAUAGUCCGUGUAUGGGAUGUAGCAUUUUAGGGUUCCAAAAAUCUCUCACAACGGCUUCGGAGCCGAACUUCCGGACCAAUAUUCCGAGCAUGGAGUAGAAACUGGCCACACACGUUCGAGAUUUUAUUCUUUGCCUGAAGCCCGUGGCUCUAUUCUUGAUGAGUCCAGCCGAGUGAACCCCGCGGUAUGGAAUGACACACUCGCUCAAAUCGCUGG